AUGAAGAAGUUUAUGAGGCCAGACCGUUUUGAUGUGGACCCAAGCUCAGCCCACUGGCACCGAACUUUUACAUACUUUCUGGAUGCACUCACAACUGAGGCCACUCAACCGAACAGACUAAAUCUCCUGAUCAACUACGUUGCACCAUCUGUCUACGAAUUCAUUGCUGACUGUGACUCACACGAAGAUGCUGUUAACACGCUCAAGGAGCUUUACAUCAAACCUAAAAAAAAGAUCUUUGCCAGACACGUUUUAGCAACUCGUUGUCAAGAAGCUGGAGAGACUCUGGACCAGUACCUGCAAGCACUGAACUGCUCUGAACAGGCCCAUGCAUUGGAGAUGGCCCAGAAGCAGUCUAUUUCAUAUAUGCAACCUGUCACUAUUAAUGCUGCAAUGGCUACUCCAAAUCGGGAAGCUGUUUUAAAUCUGCCUCAAAGUGCUUCACCCACAUCUGCCCCAACUGACCAGACUGAACAGCCAGUAACUGUGGCUGCUGCUAAUCUGAAAUGUUUCUUCUGUGGUCUUGGUAGACACCCCCGCUCCAAGUGUCCUGCAAGGGAUGUACUGUGUCUCAACUGCUAA